AAAGUCUGUGAUAGAGGGGAGAGCGGGGGAAAAAGUAUAUAUUAUUAUUACUAAUAACAACAAUAUUAAGGCUGGACACUUUUUUAUGACUCCUGCAAACCGAAUGCGGAACGCUGCUUUUACCUUUGUGGAUUUUUAACGUGUGCGCAUCUUGCAUGAACGUUGUUUUCUUUUUCCCUUUUCUGUUUUUUCCUCCUCCAUGCCGCAGGUCUGACAGAGUUUUGAGCGGACUGCAGAGAUCGCGCUUCAGUGUUUCACCUCGGGAAGAACCGAUCGGGCGCUGGUUUUUUUUUUUUCUUUUUUUUUUUUUUUUUUUCUUUUUUGCCCCGUUUUUCUUUUUCUGUCCCCAAGACGCUGAACAUACUGGCAUGACCGGUAACUGGCAAUUACGCAGGUGAAUAUCUUCGCUUCCUUUCCGAUAAGAACUUUUCCUUGUCAUUACCGCUGGGGAUAAAAAAGAAAGAAAAAACAGAGAAAGAAGUGAAGUUUAAAGAUGUCGAAACCCGCUGAUCACAUCAAGAGACCCAUGAACGCGUUCAUGGUCUGGUCUCGGGGCCAGCGGAGGAAAAUGGCUCAGGAAAACCCAAAAAUGCACAACUCUGAGAUCAGCAAGAGGCUGGGAGCCGAGUGGAAGCUGCUGUCCGAGUCCGAGAAGAGACCGUACAUCGACGAGGCCAAGAGACUGCGGGCGCAACACAUGAAGGAACACCCCGACUACAAGUACCGACCCAGGCGCAAGCCCAAGAACCUCCUGAAGAAGGACCGCUAUGUCUUCCCGCUGCCUUACCUCGGGGACACCGACCACUUGAAGGGACUGCCCGUGUCGGCCGCCGACUCCCUCCUGGGCUCCUCGGAGAAAGCCCGGGCGUUCCUGCCCCCGACCUCCGCCCCUUACUCCUUCCUCGACCCGACCCAGUUCAGCUCCAGCGCCAUCCAGAAGAUGACCCAGGAGAUGCCCCACACGUUGAGCACCAGCACUUUGCCCUACGCCUCCUCGCUGGGAUACCAGAACGGCGCGUUCGGCACCCUCGGGUGCCCCAGCCAGCACACCCACACCCACCCGUCGCCCACGAACCCGGGCUACGUCGUGCCGUGCAACUGCACGGCCUGGUCGGCGUCCAGUUUACAGCCCCCGGUGGCUUACAUACUGUUUCCAGGUAUGACCAAGACUGGGAUAGACCCCUACUCAUCCGCACACGCCACCGCCAUGUAACCCUCAAGACUCUUCUCCUCCUCUCCCCCACCACACACACACACACACACACACACACACACACACACAACACAUGUUUUUAAUGUCAUUUGAAUACAGAAAUGCAUGUAAAUAUGUUACGGACAUCGCGGCCAAUUAAAAAAAGGCACGAACAGUGUUAUCUGAAGGGGACUUGUUGUGGCAAAACUGAGGGAAAAGACGAAAAACUUAAAAAAAUAAAUAAAUAAAUAAAAUUAAAAAAAAAUCCAACAAGUUCCUGUCCGGGCAGAGGAGCUGGAGUUGGAUGUGAAGGACGGAGCGCAGUGAACUGUAAGAAAUGUAAAUGUUAUAACGUUUAUGGCAACCACAAAGGGAGGCCUUUAACUUUAUUUAUUAUGUACAUUUCAAUGAUAUGCUGAUUUGUGUUGAUAAUUCUGAUACAGGCUACUAUUUUUUUUUU